CUUAUGAAUCUUAAUCUGCCCGACAUCCAUUGAACAUAAUCUAUUGAUGAAAAAGUUUCAUAUAUAUAAUUAAACAAAGAAGGAAUAAAAAAACAGAAAGAAGAAGAAGUUUCCUGCAAAUUCAAACAAGAAUCCAACCGUCAAAGAAGACCCCCUUUUUCUUUGCAUCCUUUUAAAAAAAUGACAUUUUUUUUUCUUUUAUAUAUAUGACAAUUAAUCAAUUUUCCCACGGAGACUGAAAUCAAAGUUGCUAUACCGUUUAGUUAGUUUUUAGCUCUUCAACAACACCUGAAAAACAAGAAUACAUAUGGAAGCAACUCAAGGAGGGAACAAGAAGCAAGACAGGGCAACCGGAGAGAUUCGGUAUAGGGGGAUUCGCAGGCGGCCAUGGGGGAAGUUUGCUGCAGAGAUACGUGACCCAACAAGAAACGGUGCACGUCGGUGGCUUGGAACAUUUGAGACGGUGGAGGAGGCUGCUAGAGCUUAUGAUAGAGCUGCUUUUGCCUUUCGUGGUCAUUUAGCCAUUCUCAACUUCCCGAAUGAAUACCAAUACCAUAGCCACACUUCUCUGCCGUCAUUUGCUUCGUCUUCUUCCUCCUUAUCGGUCUCUGCUGCUCCUCUUGCGAGUUACGGCCUAGUGGGUUCUUCUGGAGGGCAAGAAGUAAUAGAGUUUGAGUAUUUGGAUGACAAAUUGUUGGAGGAUCUUCUUGAGUUUCAAGAAGGCAAGCAACAAUAAGGCUCAUUCAUGGGUUACUAGCGUUUUCAAAUACCCAGAAAUGUAAUUUUAUUUUAUUUUUGGACAUUGGUGAUUGUUUCAUUGUAGCAUUAAAUUCAUUUAAGAAACACAUUUUCAUUUAUAUUUAGAGCGAAAAAUAUGAAAAAAAUGUCAAAAUGAUGUAUGAGGUAUAAAAAUUAUUAGAUUUGAUCGUACGAUGGUCAGAGGUGGAGAAAGGUCUUGAACUCGUUGACAAAAGUAAAGUCAGCGCAGCAAAUAACAUGAGCUUAGGCAAGAGUUCAGUUCUCCUCCGCAGGAAGUGUCUUCUAGUUGUAAGUAGACGGAGAGUCAUGGACUUCAGUGAAGAGCUUAAAUCCGACAUUUAUGUCCUUGAUUCAACAAUCUAAAGGUAGAAAAGAGGGUCUUUGAUGGCCGUG